UCUGCUCUGUCUCUCUGAACUCAGCUUCCUCAUUGCUGCAGUCCUGUCUAAGCCGCGCCAUCGCCGUAGCCGUCGCCGUCUCCGUGGGACUCAAGGGCGCGAACCGAAAGCGAAGCAAUGGGGCGAUCCUUAUGGAAGGGCAUCUUCGUCGACGCGUUCCUCUCGAAGAUCAAGGACAGGAAAGACCUCCUCGCGAACAAGAAGGUCUGGUCGCGCCGGUCCUCCAUCUUGCCGGAGUUCGUCAACACCACCGUGCGGAUCUACAACGGGAAGAACUUCGUUCGCUCGAAGAUCACCGAGGACAAGGUCGGCCACAAGUUCGGCGAGUUCGCUCUCACGCGGAAGCGGAAGAUUCACAGAGCGAACACCGCGCCGGCCAAGAAGGGAGGCAAGAAGUAGAGUCCGACUGGGUAAUGAUCCGUUUCCGGUUCCCAUUAAGACUCUGGUUUACAUUCAAAUUGGGUUGGGAAUGAUUAGGGCCAACGAUGAAAGAGAUGGAAAUCUGGAAUUAAAUGAAUGGGAAGUAGUAGAUUGGAAAA